GAUAUCAUGAAGAUUUUGGUUAUUGUCGCUCUUUUCGCUUGCGCUACCGCCUUCAGGCUUCCACCUGCUUUUAAGCAAGUACCACGCCCAGCUGAUUGGCGCCCACAACCAAAAUGGGAAGUUGACGAUGACAAGAUCGUCGGUGGAGUAGAAGCUACACAAAAUGAGUUCCCAUUCAUCGUUUCCUUGAGAAGGAAGCCUUGGUGGCUCGGCAGCACUGCUUCUCACUUCUGUGGUGGUUCCAUCAUUGGAGCUAACAAAGUUCUCACUGCUGCUCACUGUACUUCCGGUACCUCUGCUUCUGAUAUUAACGUUGCUGCUGGUCAAUUUGACAAAAGCAGUGAUUCUGACGACAAUGAACAAAUUCGAACUGCUUUGAGGAAAUCUGAGCAUUCCGACUAUAACUCUCAAACAAUUGAUAUGGAUUUCGCAGUCUUGACAAUGUCUAGCUCGUUUACAUUAAACACAAAUGUUGCUAAAAUUACAAUGGGAGGAGCUCAACCUGGUCAAAUGCUUACUGUUUCUGGUUGGGGUACUCUUUCCGCAGGUGGUUCCUCCCCUAACAAUCUUCAAAGAGUAGAUGUCCCUGCUAUCACAAAUACUGAAUGUAAUGCUGCCUAUAAGGGCGGAAUCACCGAUAACAUGCUAUGCGCUGGUUACAGUGCUGGUGGCAAAGAUUCUUGUCAAGGUGACAGUGGUGGCCCAUUGGUCCGUUUUGAUGGUACAACUCCAACCCUUGUCGGUGUUGUUAGCUGGGGCAAUGGCUGUGCUGAACCAGGAUAUCCAGGCGUUUAUGCCCGUUGCUCGAAAGAACAAAGCUGGAUCAUGUCACAGUAACUUAAUAAAAUGGUUAAAGCGAAUGGGGCCGAUUCUUGAAUACCCUAAAAUUAUCAAUUUACCAAAUAUUGUUCUUAGUUUAAUAAGAGUAGCAUUAGUCUAGUUUAUUAAUGGCAUUAAUUAAGUAACUUUUCCACCAAUGAAGUUACUUUUUAGUUAUGUCAGGAAUAGAAAUAUCGUUCUAAAACAGAAUAAAAUCAGCAUGAAAUUAUUAUGAUCAAGAGUG